AUGAUAUCAAACACAUGGGCGUUCAUCAAAAGGCACAAAGGCAAAAUCAUCGCCGGUAGUAUGUUGGUUAGCGGAGCUGUGGCUUACGCUUACCACACGCAGGAACAGGCCCAUCGAUCAGCGCUAUUGAGCGUCGAUGAAAACACCUUGAAAUUUAAGGCUAGACGGCAUUAUGUCUUCGACACUAACCACCGUGCUUGUGAUCAAUCAAUCACCAGCAUCGUACCUGAUUUACAAGCGCUUGUUCAGCGCAGAUUCAAUAUUGAAUUGCUCAUAGUUCGGUUGAAAGAAUGCCCUGAUAUGAGCGUGGAAGAUAAAGUGGAACUUUGGCAGAAGAUUAAGGUGCUGAGCGUGGCUCGUAUCGUUGGGAUUGCAUACUCUUAUUCCUUACUGACGCUGGCAAUGAAGGCACAGAUUUCCAUCCUUGCCCACGAUAUCUGCUCUGAAUUUGAAUAUGCAGUGUGUUAUACACCUUCAUGGUAUGGUCCAGGGCUAUUCAGUAGGAUAACUUCAAAUUACCGCACACUUUCCGCUUACAGGCUGGAUACAAUCAAGUCUCAAGUGGAAGGGUAUCUUGGAUACAAGAAAGAGCCUAUCUGGGACCCAUUCAUUAAGGCCAAGAGCGAGCAAGGUGCUGCUAAUCGACAAAUUUUUAUACGGUGUAUCGAAUAUUACGCGAACACAGGAGUCUCCAAGCUGUUGGACGUCAUAGAAAGCACUUGUUCGGAGUACUGCUCAACGCUGGCACUAACGGAUCGCGUCAAUCAGGACAAUUUGCGAGAAGUGCUUGAUGCCGUAGAUAAAAAGCUUUCCGAAUCAGGUCCAAGUUUCUUUUCGAAGCUAGUAGCUCCACUUUCUGAAGAUGAGAAACUUUCGACCGAAGGAGUUUUACCACUCCUGUCUCGUUUGGUGAAAGCUUUAGAGUCAGAGAAAGGGCGGGAAACGUUAACGAGCCUGGUGGACUUCUAUCACACUGCGGCUGUACAUAAAGUUCCAAAAGAGCCAGAAGUACUUGUCAAAUUGCUACCUUCCAUGCCUGAUGUAUUCCAUUUCAUCUCUACGGACGGUUAUGAUUCACCAUUAAAAAAUAGUCUGUGCUCAUCGGAUGUCUAUAGGUUUGCUAAAUUCGCUGCGGCAUAUGGUGCUUGUGUUUCGAGACAAGCAGAAAGAAUAUCAAAGGACGCUUGUGCAGACGAGUUUUCAAAGUUACUUGAUUGUGUAAAGAAGCAGCAGAAGAAGGCGUAG